CGUCACAUUUAAGUUCCCAGCGCCUACCAACUUGGUGGACUGGACCUUCUCUUGCCCACGAAAAGAAAGAGAAACACACACACACAAUGAACGUUGAAGAGUUCAGGGAGAAUGGCAAAGCCAUGAUCGACUACAUCUGUGAGUACGCCUCGGGCAUCGGAGAACGAAGGGUCACUCCGGCCAUCGAGCCAGGGUACCUGCGCCCCCUGCUGCCGGACGCUGCUCCCCAAAAGCCGGAGAAGUGGUGCGAUAUUAUGGCCGACAUCGAGACCAAGAUCAUGCCCGGAGUGACCCACUGGCAGCACCCCAGGUUCCAUGCCUACUUCCCGUCGGGCAACUCUUUCCCUUCGAUCCUCGGGGACAUGUUGAGCGACGCCAUCGGCUGCAUUGGCUUUUCUUGGGCUGCAAGUCCAUCUUGCGCCGAGCUGGAGACAAUCGUGCUGGACUGGCUCGGACAGGCCAUUGGGCUGCCUGAAGAGUUUUUGUCUAAAACGCCGGGAGGAAAGGGCGGCGGAGUCAUCCAGUCUUGCGCAAGCGAGUGUAUCCUGGUCAGUAUGUUGGCCGCAAGGGCCCAAGCCCUGAAUAAGCUGAAGGAGGAGCACCCCGGCGUCGAAGAGGGUGAACUGCUGAGCCAACUUGUGGCCUAUUGUUCCAAAGAGGCGCACUCGUGCGUCGAGAAGGCGGCCAAAAUUUGCCUGGUGAAACUUCGCAUCCUCGAGCCGGACUCGUCUUGCAGCCUCCGCGGCGCCACCGUGGCCGCCGCCAUCGAGGAGGACCGCGACGAGGGCCUGAUGCCCUUCUUCGUGUCGACCACCCUGGGCACCACCUCGUGCUGCUCCUUCGACAACAUCAGCGAGAUCGGCCCGAUUUGCGCCGACCUGGACAUCUGGAUGCACGUGGACGGCGCGUACGCCGGAAACGCUUUCAUCUGCGAAGAGUUCAGGCCUCUGAUGAAGGGCAUCGAGCUCGCCUCGUCCUUCAACACCAACCCCAACAAGUGGCUGCUGACCAACUUUGACUGCUCCACCAUGUGGGUGCGCGACCAGUUCAAACUGACGCAGGCGCUGGUCGUCGACCCCCUGUACCUGCAGCACAGCUACAGCGCCCAGACCAUCGACUACCGCCACUGGGGCAUCCCCUUGAGCCGCCGCUUCCGCGCCCUCAAAUUGUGGUUCGUCAUCCGCUCCUAUGGCAUUGAAGGCCUGCAGAGGUACAUCAGGAACCACUGCAGACUCGCAAAGCGCUUCGAGCAGAGUGUGCUCUCAGACAACCGAUUUGAGGUUCUCAAUGACGUCAAGAUGGGACUGGUUUGUUUCCGGCUGCGUGGAGACGACAAGCUCACGCAAGAUCUGCUCGCCAAAAUCAACAUCUCCGGCCAAUUGCACAUGAUUCCCGCUCGCGUCAACGAAAAGUACAUCAUCCGUUUCUGCGUGACCGCCGAGCACGCUUCCGAAAAUGACAUAGACUUUGCGUGGAAGGUGGUGAAAGAGAUGGCGUCCGAAGUCACAAAGAUCCCAGAAGACAGCAAGCGCAGACAGGCUCGCCUCUCCAAGAGAUUCAGCUUCACCCGAAGCGUUUCCCGAGAUCUGUUCCAGCGGUCGCAAUCGCGAACCAGCCUUUCCGACGGUGUUUCGCCUCUCAUUGUGCUCGACGAAAACAACACGGAAGUUAAGGAUGACGUUUUCACUUUCGCACCCAUGAAAGAUCAACUCGCAGAGGAGAUCAAAGCUGUUUAAGAUUCCCGUGGAAUUUCCAAAUUUUAACUUAAUGUUUAAGACGCUCUGUGAUAAAUUACUAACGCCCUGUAACUUAUUGAAAUAAAUCGUGAUGAUGUAUUUAUUAA